AUGGCUUUCAUCGUGUCCAAGCUCGCGCGGGCAGCCCUCGCAUCCCGCCCCGUUGGCGAUAUUGCUGGUGGCAUCUCCCCAUGUCUCUCCCGGCUCUAUCUGGCGGCUUGGACCAGCCGUCGCAUGUUUGCAGCUUCUGGCGGUCCCAUGUCAAAAGAUGCACCCCGAAUAUUUCCCCUUGUUGAUGAGAAUUCCAUUAAGUCGAAGGAAUCCCUAUGGGCCUUGUAUGAAUGCUGGUGCAAGUAUUGGGGGGUAUCCCGUGACCGUGAAGAGAUGGUCCGCCGGUUCAAGUCAUUUGAGGCUACUGCACAGUGGGUUUACAAAAUGAACAACUCUGAGUGUUCGCAAGUGUCUCAACUGGGCCCGCAUGCAGAUAUGUCAGAGAGGGAGUUUGCUCAGCUGUUUCCUCCACUUCCUGAGGAUGAUGAUGAAGACAUAGAAGUGCUGGUAUGA